CAACAUUCAUGUAAUAAUUCAAUUAUUAGAACACAUAAUAAUAAUUCAAAAUAAUUAUAAUGAUAAUUGAUUCUAAAUUUUCAAAAUUUCGUUUAGUCUCAAAUAUUCAAAAGAGGAUUCUAACUAAACAAUAAAAAUGAUGUUUUUUAUAAGUCCAAUUUUUUUUUUUUACAAUAAGAAAAGUAGAAGGACCAAUUAUGAAAUUUAGAAAACGGAAUAUUCCAAGAAUAUUUUGUCAAUUUUAUCGGAAUGCACUUAGCUGUAAACUUAAGUGGUACUGGGUGCAUAUAUAAUAGAGUUCAGUGAUACCCGACGCCCUAUUCAAACUUAAAUGGUAUGUCUAUACCAAUUCUCAAACUUAAGUGGCAACCGAACUAUUUUAUCCACCGUUAUCCUUUCACACGUUAGUGAAACGCAAGGAGUGAGAGAGAACUAUGACUGAUCUUUGAUUUUGGGCUGUACAGAGCCCAAAAUUUGUGUGUCUCCAAUUACGACAUCAAGCUGAACCAAGCCUCAGCCCAAGCCCAACGUGGCAACGUUGGCCUUAUGCCCUAUACAAAAUCCACGCGGAGAGAAUCCAACUACAGCGGCUAGAACGAAGAAUUCGGUUCACCUUUCACCCCACGAGAUUGAUAUUAGCUCCCGUUCCACGUCAUGCAUUAUCUCGAAAAGGCUUAUCGCUUUCCAGAUGCUUCGGAAAUGACGGACCAGAAGCUUGCUAAGUUGAUUCUUCGGCGUCUCCGUUUCUGGAGUCAAGUUUGGCUGCAAAAUCCAUGUCAAAGUAGCCAAGUUGAAAGAUGGUCGAUAAGCUUCUCCAAGUCCGCCGGCUUGACCCAAGAGGGUAGAAAGAGUGCUUUCCUCUCGGCUUAAUCCCCAUAUCCCAUAACCGUUUAUCGAUCUGAUCUGAAUCUUGAUUGAUCACUCCUGGAUUUACUAUACAAGCAGAUAACACAGCAAGGAAAGUGGCAUAAUUUGGCCGACACAAUUCCAAACCUUCUUCCAACUCCUCCACGCCAGCCAGCCAUACCCCCAAGAUCAGAGAAGUCCAUCUACUAGUUCAGUAAACGCACAAAUGACAGCCAAGUUGUCUUUAACAUUGCAGUCGAUCAUGAUGCCGUUAGCUUGCUUCCCGAGCUCCAACGGAGCUAGAGUACUGCAGGUUCUAAACAUGAAGCAAACGUGUAUCGGUCAGGAGUCCAGCCGUUGAGGUCCAUUUGUUCGAGCUUGUUCUGCACAUCGCCUGAGGGAGUUCCAAUGGAUCAGACAGAGGUUUUGGGUCUCCGGAUUUUGCAUAGAGGAUCAAGAGCUUGGUCUCAAGAUACUUAUCAGUGGGAAGAUAUUCAGUCUGUGAAUGGGUUCUUCUCGCCCACCAUUUACAGACUGGUGAGAAUGCAUUCUUACAGACUAUGAGGAGCCUAACAGCUUCAUCCAAUAUCUCCGAGAAACAAAGGAAUUGUGGGAGCAAAUUUCAACCUGAAAGCUGGUAACUUCCACUUUUUUAAAACUGGGCUCCGAAUAGAUCACGAAAAUAACACAAAUUUCAAAGAACCUAACUCUCAAUAGAACAACAUAGCCUCCUGAAUGCACUAAAAUUCCAUAACCUCAUUUAACAAUCAAAACAUACCAACGGCAAGGAAACACCAAAGGAAGGUUACGGCGAAGGUUAAUUAGGUGAAAGGAGCAGUGGAUCUGACCAGCCAUUUUCGCUUUCGGACUGACCGCGCCCGGUGGAGAGAGUGAUGGUCUUGCCGGCGAACGUUGGACCCAAUAUGACGUUGAUUUCUCCAGAAGGGUAUGGCGUCGAAUCGCCUGCAGCAGCCGGGCGGAAGUUCCGGUAUCUAAACCAAGAUGCACUCUGGCUCUGCGAGAUGGAGAAUUGGGCAACAAAGAACAGCGGGAUAAUUGGAAAGAUCGGGUUGAUCUGGGGGCUCGCUGCAGAGAAGAAGGGCGCCAGGCGCCAUUGGAAGGAUAAUUGAGAGGAUGAGAGAGGAGGGAAACAGAGCCGUCACGCUCGAAAUGGCGAACAUCUAAAAAAACGGAAAAUGGGGGAUUGUGGGCGAAGGGUUAAUUCUUGGGAAGGAAUGGACUUGGCGUGGCAGGGUCAAAUUAGGGUUUCAGAGAAAGGGGGUUGUUCAAUUUCAGAUGAACUUCUUUUGCAUAGAGCUGGAGAUUUUCCCGGGAAAAGUAUGAAAGUGACUCCGCCUGUUUUGAUCACCUGUGGACGAGUUCAGAACCACGUUGAUGCACUCGCGUAUCUUGAUUCGAUCGUGGCCGCAUGUUGCGUUGAUAGCUAAUUAUGUCGUCCUUUUGUUAUCUUUAUUGUAAAAUUUUGCUCCAUUUGAAACAAGUUGAAUUCACUUAUUUUUCGUCGAAGUUCGACGUAUAUAUUACCAAACUGAUUAUAAAUAACAUCAAUCUACAAAUAAUUUGUUGCUUUACUACUAAAAACGGCUCUAACACAUUAGAUAUAAGUCUUGUUGUAUGUUUUAUUUUACAUUGAUAUGGUUAUAUAUUUUGAAUUCAUUGAUUGUAGUUGUAAAUAAAACGUAACCAAAGAU